UGUCUAUUUGACAUCUGAUAGGAAACAUCCAAUAGAUGAGCACACACUCUAAAAAUAGCAUUCAAUAUUCAUUAUAAUAUAAACAUUUAAACAUUUAUAAACAAAUGAUAAGUUACUGUGGUUUGAAUAUGUGACUGAAACAGUAAUUUUGCGGCAUGAAGCAGCCUUUGCUCACUGCAGAACACAGAUGUGUAGAGGUGAGUGUAUGUAGGAAGUAGUAAAGCGUCAGUGUCUUGUUUUUGAUGUGGUCUACUGGUGUCUGUUCAUUGUCGUUUCGCUACAAGAUGCAUCUGCAGGUCUCCAUUGUUGUUGUUUUCAUUCUUCUCACUGGAGGAUUGUCUCUGAUCUGUUAUGAUUGCCAGUCAGCUCAGCAUUGUACACGGACACGGAGAUGUUCUGGCAAAUGCAUAAGCACAAAAACAGUGGACUACUUUGGACCGCAUAGAGAAAAGGCAGAUAAUGGGCAACGGGAACGCGCAAGGAUCCCAAUCCGUAUUAAGUACAAACACGCUAAAUGCCCCGGCACAGGUGCACAGCAGGAAACCGUGUCCAAAGGGUGUGCUAGUUCACCUGAUUGUAAAAGCUGGUCUGUUGGCACAGGGUGCUGGAUAAGAGAAUAUAUUAACAAGUGCUGUGACACAGACCACUGCAAUGCUGAUCCAGGUUCGUUGUCUCAAAACCUUAAUGGAAAGAGAUGUUACACUUGUGACGAGGAGGACUGCUCAAAAACAGUGAGUUGUUGGGGGAAUGAAAACUACUGCUUUACUGCAUAUGAACCUUCUUCACAUCAGUUAGUGGAUACAAAAGGAUGUGCAUCUAAAUCUGCCUGUGAUCAGGAGCCAGGAGAGAUUUUAGGAUUUAAUGGGAACAUCAUAUGUUGUGAAGGCAACCUGUGUAACGUUGCUCAGAGUGUCACUCAGACCUUCAUGGAUAAUGGCGUUAAGAGUGUCACACAGAGCUUAACGUAUAACAGCGUUAAGAGUGUCAAUCAGAGCUUCAUGGAUAACGCCAUUAAGAGUGUCACUCAGCGCUUCCUGUUCCUCUGUUGUUCUCUGCUCUCCUUCAUUCUGCUGCACUGAAUCCAGCAGUCAAGCUCCAGUGUUUCAGUCCACUUACACAGAUGAACACAGUCUGUAUACUCUGAAAUAGUGGGUCAUUCUACAAUUGUGGGUACAUCUCAUGUCCGUGAAGUAUAUUUUUAAUAUAUUUUCAACAAUAUAAAGCCCUGAUGCUUAAUUUUUUACUACACAAUUAUAUUUUUCCCAAUCACACUACUGUAUGUUGAAAAGGCCAUAUCUUUAGUUCAAAAAUGAUGUUCAUAUCACAAACAACCCUGGUAUUCAGCGGUCCGAUUUUGUAAAGUUGCUCAUUCUAUUCUGUAUUUAAGCAUGAAACUUACCUCAAAUAUAAAUUAAUUUCAUAGUUUUGGUGUCAGUUAGAUUAGGUUAUCAAAACAUUUGUUUAUUUGGUUUGUCCCAUUUUCACCUAAUUUGCACAGUAUGAUGAUAUUUCCUCUAAAAGCACAUGGAUGAGUCACUAUAAGUUAUGUUCUCUCUCUUUCCCCUAAUAUCGGUUAAACUACACUGACCAAAAUUCUAAACGCAACACUUUUGUUUUUGCCCACAUUUUUUAUGAGCUGAACUCAAAGAUCUAAGACUUUUUCUAUGUACACAAAAAGCCUGUUUCUCUCAAAUGUUGUUCACAAAUCUGUCUAAAUCUGUGUUAGUGAGCACUUCUCCUUUGCCGAAAUAAUCCAUCCACCUCACAGGUGUGGCAUAUCAAGAUGCUGAUUAGACAGCAUGAUUAUUGCACAGGUGUGUCUUAGGGUGGACACAAUAAAAGGCCACUCUAAAAUGUGCAGUUUUAUCACACAGGAUAAAACCAGAGCUGUUACCCAUGAAUUGAAUUUUCAUUUCUCUACCAUAAGCCGUCUCCAAAGGCAUUUCAGAGAAUUUGGCAUACAUCCAACCGGCCUCACAACCGCACACCACGUGUAACCACACCAGCCCACGACCUCCACAUCCAGCAUCUUCACCUUCAAGAUCAUCUGAGACCAGCCACCCGGACAGCUGCUGCAACAAUCGGUUUGCAUAACCAAAGAAUUUCUGCACAAACUGGCAGAAACCAUCUCGGGGAAGCUUAUCUGCAUGCUCGUUGUCCUCAUCGGGGUCUCGAUCUCACUGCAGUUUGUCAUCGUAACCGACUUGAGUGGGCAAAUGCUCACAUUCGAUGCAGUCUGGCACUUUGAAGAGGUGUUCUCUUCACGGAUGAAGCCUGGUUUUCACUGUACAGGGCAGAUGGUGGACCGCGUGUAUGGCGUCGUGUGGGUGAGCGGUUUGCUGAUGUCAACGUUGUGGAUCUAGUGGCCCAUGGACAGCGAACACAGGUGCAUUUUAUUGAUGCCAUUUUGAAUGCACAGAGAUAACGUGAUGAGAUCCUGAGGCCCAUUGUUGUGGCAUUCAUCUACAACCAUCACCUCAUGUUGCAGCAUGAUAAUGGUGAUUUCAAGUUUUACGAUAUCUUUCGGGGGAAGUUUAAUUUCCACAGUUGAGGAAAAAAAACAUGUUGACAAAGUAACCUUUCAUAUGGAACAGACCAUAACAGACUGAUUUUAACUGUUGAACCAACACUGCAGCCUCUCAAAUUUUUCAUGUUCUAUUAUUUAAAUGAAAGAAAAACUUUCUGGUAAACAAGAAAAAAAAACCCUUUGGUUGUUGAAGUGCUUCCGAGUCUGUAUUUAGUGUUUCCUGACAGCAGAUGACAGCAGAGAGUCUAUUUACGAACCAGAUUUGCGUGUACAUUUGAUAUUAAUGUUAAAUCAUAUUACAUUUAUAUUUAUAUAUUUUUUUUUUUACCUUAACUUUGUUUCUUUUUAUUAAAAAUGCAUGUGUGUGGUUUCAUGGUUUCAGAGAAUUUUUGGUCAUUUUUCCUGCUGUCCAACCUGCUGAAAUGAGCAAAACAAGCCUGGAUAUUCAGCAGGUUGUUCAUUGUCUAAACACCUACAUCUACUAUCACAUAAUGCAGAGAUGAAUUCGUGAUCACACAGUGCAGCAUUUUCUCACAGCAGAAGUCAGUUUUGUAGAGACUUAAAAGACGAAUGAAUUGUUCAUCCUUGUUCGGUCACAAGAUGCAUCUGCAAGUCACCAUCGCUCUUUUUUUCAUUCUUGUCACUGGAGGUACAGUAAACAUACAGCAUAUUUAAUAUGUUUUUUUUUUUUUAUGUAAAUACGGACGUCACUGAAUGUCUCUCUAUGUCUCUUUGUCAUGUAAGGAUUCUGUCUGGACUGUUAUGAUUGCCAGGAUCAACCAGAAGGUCCCUGUGAAAACCAGAUAACAUGUGACGACGAACAUAGCAUGUGUGCAAGCAGAGGAAUAUCCAAAUAUGAAAGCUCAGAAUCUUUUUGUGAAGAAGUGACCACUGCUACAGGUUGUGCAAUGCCAAAUGAAUGUGACUCAUUUUCCAUCCAGUGCUGCGACACCGACUUGUGCAAUCAACAAGAUGACUCCGGUAUCAGCCAAUACUCAGAUUCGACCUAUGGCUAUGACUAUGUUGAUUAUUCUAAUGGGAAGAUAUGUUACACUUGUGAAAAGGAGAACUGCUCCCAAAUACAGAGUUGUGUGAGGGAUGAAGACUACUGCUUCACUGCAAAGGGAAAUCACUAUCAGUCACACACUUUGAAAGGAUGUGCAUCUAAACGCAGGUGUGAGGAUCCAUCAGAUUCGUUUGGCCCUGGUUAUAGUAUCACAUGUUGUUGGGGGGAUCUGUGUAACAGUGCUCAGAGUGUCACUCAGAGCUUCCUGUUCCUCUGCUGUUCUCUGCUCUCUUUCAUCCUGCUGCACUGAAAGCAGUUCUUGGAAUGUGGUAUAUAUUUAAUAUGUAGUUAUUAAAUUUAAAUAAA